AUGGCACGACCGAGCCCUCUUUGUUUGUUGACAAGCUGCUCUGUUCGCGUGUAGACGUCGUACGCGCCGGUUGUGUUGCGUCUUGACUCUACUUUGUAAUAUUCUCUCGCGUUAUCGAGUUCGUCUAAUUUUAGUGCAGUUUUUAAAAAAAAUUGCCCCUUCUGCGCAAUAUUAUAGUGUUCCACACAGUGUUUUGUGCGUUUCUUCGUCCAGUCAACGUUUGUUCGGGAAGAUUUCUUCAACUUCUAAAAUUACUCGCUCACCAGUGAGCCAGAAGAGGGUGGCGGGUAUCGAGCGAGAGGGCGCGGCGCGUGGCGGGAGCGCGCGCGGCAGGUGACCGACGGCGCUCGCGGCUCAUGUGGGCGGCGAGCGCGUGCUGCUCGCGCCAGGCAGCUAGCAGGCACUCAUGCGUGAGCGUGACGCUAUCCGUGGGGUGGCAGGCGAGGCCGCCGCCGGCGCGGCGAGGACGCCGGUCAAGACCUUCCAGGCCUACCUGCCGCCAGCGCACCGCACCUAUAGCUGCAUACACUGCCGUGCGCAUCUGGCCAGCCAUGACGAGCUUAUAUCAAAGUCGUUUCAAGGCAGCCAAGGGCGCGCAUAUCUUUUCAAUUCAGUAGUCAACGUGGGCUGUGGUCCCGCGGAGGAGCGCGUGCUAUUAACGGGCUUACAUGCCGUUGCCGACAUCUAUUGCGAGUGCUGCAAAACCAUGCUCGGAUGGAAAUAUGAGCACGCCUUCGAAUCGAGUCAGAAAUACAAAGAGGGCAAGUUCAUAAUAGAACUUGCUCACAUGGUGAAGGAGAACGGCUGGGACUAGGCGCGCGGUCCAUGCUCGACGCGGGCCGCGCGCCUCAUGUGAUAGCGACUGGCGGCCGGCCCUCUCGGCCAUAGUGCUGUGCAACACCCCUGACGGACUUUCCGAAGCGUCAAUUACACGAACCCACUCGCACCGACAGUGUUCUCGGCUGAUCCGUGUGACCAGCAGCAUGAGCCGCCGCCGGCUCGAGCCCUCGUGAUGAAGUGCCGGGCGAUGCCCGCCGUCGCGCGCGUCCUCGUCGAACGUAUAUUUUUGUGACACGCAGUUCUUAUUGGGAGGUCGGGGCAGCGCGGGCGGCGGCGCGCCGAUGUGCGUCCGCCCUAGUGGGGAUAUCGCCUUAUGUGCUCUUCGUUCCGGCUUCAGCGCUAGAGCACCGCCAGUCGACAUAAUGUUAUGUUAUACAUAAGUUAUCGAUCUCAACCGCCCCGCGGGGCACUGGGCUUAGAAUUUAUACUAAUUAUAUAAUUUGAACGAUUUGGUUUUCGCCGUCUCGACGCGUAGCGGCGGGCGUCCGUACAUUUUAAGUUGUCUUAGUUAUGUAUUUACUGCAUCGUACUGUAUUAAGAGAACACUAAUACUUUCUCUUGUCCCCUUAACCUGUGAUAAGUAUGUUAGUAUAGAAUUUUGAAUUUCUUGAACGAUUUUUUCAAGAAGUUGCUCAGAAAUGUCAGUUGUAUGUUCCUAAUGAUUUCAGCUGUACAAUUUGCUUUUUAUUUUGUGAGGAAACUAGUCGAAACGCGAAUAUGCACUGGGGAAAUGAUUUUCAUUUUGUUUUUUUGCGCCUGAUUUAGUGAUUUUUUUUAGUUUUUAAUUAUGAUUUUCGACUAUUCCUCUCGUUUAUUUUGAGAUUUGGGUUGUUUUAGUUGAAACACGUCGAAUACUUCGUACAUUCACAAUGUUUGUCACCACAACACACCGUCAGUCGUGGAGGACGACAGAGGCAUACUGAGAGCGUUACUAAGAGGAAGGUUAGGACUAGGAUGGUUUUAUUAUUCAUUUAUUGUUUCUAUUAAAAUGUAAUAAUUAGUGGAACAUUUACCCAUAUAUUUUACCUUAACUGCAUGGUACUUCAUUUAUAUUGUACUCGUUGUAAGAAUUUGCAUGAGCUUCAAAGUUAUCUAUGGUUAUCGUAAGACGAUCGUUCAUUUAUGUGAUACACUAUUAUUUGAAGCCUGUACUGUGGUUAUUUAUAAAUUUUUAAUAUCUUUCGUCCGAUUUUAACAUAUUCGAAUACUUGUAACGCAUGAUCAGCCGUCGCAUACAGUAAUAUCAGAGCGUCGUUUACUGCCACUAGCAUAUACACGUCUGUAAUUUAAAUAAUAUAAUACAAAUUCAACGUAAGGCGCUCGUUUGAUGUUAUAUAAUGAAGUUUUUAUUUUUACAAUACUAAUAAAUUUAGAUUGCUAUUAGAGUUUCGGAUUUGUUUAGAGUAAGACGAAUUGUCUAUUGUAAUAUUUGGAUUAUUCAAAGACGUAUUUGUAACACCUUUUGUACUCCUGCCUACAUUUUGUCCUACGUGUAAUAACAACAGUACAAAUCUGGUGCCCGUGUUAAUAUUGAUGGACGUAGUGAGCAAAACUUUAACGAACAAAGACGGGUUUUACCAUAGUAUAAUAAUAAAACAGUUAUGGCCACUCCUUACAAAAAAGCAGAAUGAUUUGUACGGACACACACAUUUGGAUAUUAGACUACGUCACAUACAUUGCUCUGAUCCUAAAGUAACUAACUAAAGCACUUGUGUUAGGGAAAUCGGGAACAACAGCGGUUUAACGGAUCCUUGUAACUUUAUCUAAAACGCAAAAGAUACUUCACACAUUUUUCUGAUGUCUUUAUUUUAAACGUUGCUAUGCGAAUCACACUCACUACCACGACGGAGCCGGAAUGUUCGACUAAACAUACAUUAUAAAUUAUAGGUAUGCUAUGUAAAAGUCAACCUAUCAGGUAGCCGUGAUUCAUGGCCUGAGCAAGUCACAGUCGUUGCCGGUAGUCAAGUCAGAGUCUGUGUUGAAGUCUCAGGGGGUCAACGUUGUUAUGGGGGUCUUUAGGCGAUACCACAAACACCCAGACCCGAGACAAUAUUGAAAAGUUAGUUUUUUACAUUGAUUCGGCCGGGGAUUGAAACUGGACCCUCAUAAUUUGCGACACCAUGAAAACCGGUGUGAAACUCGACCACGGAUGCAAUAAUCACCUUUCAUAAUUGACGACAUGACCACGAAAACUAACUUUUCCUUAUUGUCUCGGGUCUGGGUAUUUGUGGCACCGCUGUUGGUUCCGAUAUCUACAACACAACUGCUUUGGGUACUUACUUUGGGUUCAGAGCAACGUAUGCGAUGCGCGAGACGAUUAUGCGAAUUUGUGCGUCCUUAUACGCUGCGGGCACGCACACAUACAAGGCCACGCUGCUGCGUUUGUAUAGAGUUACCAUAUCGAUGCCUUACAUUCUCAAACUCGUAUCUUAAUAAAGAGUGAUUAUUUAGGAGAUGGCAAAAGUUUCUAUACAUUUUGAAUUUCUUAUCAAGGGCAGAGAACAAAAGACAAGACUUUAAGAAUAGGCAAAACCCAGUAUGUGAAUAUAAAGGAAAUGUGAUGUGAAAUUAGCCUGCAAAAUUUGUAUAUACAAUCCAUUUUUUGUACUUCACUAACUUUGUGCUUUAAGAUACGAGUUUGAGAAAGUAAGGCGACGAUAUUUGUCUUAUUAUGCUACGGUUUUACUCUUCUUCUUUGUCGACCUAUAAAAAUCCUCCACAAUAGUGUGCCUAGUAGGCAGGAGGUAAACUAGGAAAGACUCGAAUUAACAAUAACUAUAAGGGUUAUAUGCUACAUUUGUUAGUCUAGCAUGUUAUUCUCACAUCGAACUUGUAAUUUCUGUUCCACGUCCCAUAGUCACUUGACGUACUGAAAAUAAAAGGCCCAUUCUCAGAUUAGUGUCCACUACCUAAUUUUCGAGGCAAUUUACAUUAUUUAAAUUUUAAUAUUCGAGUAUAUUAUCGAUAAAUAUUAAAUAAUAUUACGUAGCCUUCGUAUACAUGUGAUCAUACAUCAAAAGUGCUUUUAUCACAUGAAAAUCAUAAAAACAAUACGAACUUCAUGAACCAUAUUAUGCAUAAAAAUUUAUCGACUAACUUUGUUUAUAGAAUCUUUAAACCUCUCCCCUGAAACGUUAACCUUUUUAUGGCCUAUACUCGAAUAUUUAAAUAAUAAAAAUUACCACGAUGAUUAGGCACUGAACACUAACCUGAGAAUGAACAAAACUAAGCUGAACUUGAGACUUCGCGAAAUUCAAAGUCACCGGAACAAACCUGUAUAACUAAUACGUCUUUUGUAACCGAACAUAUUCAGUGUACGUGAUAUAAGAUAAGGCAAACGCUGCAGUUCACAUGUUAUGUAAUCGUAAUGUUAUCAUAGGAUAAUAAUGCGUUAAGAAGUUGCGUAGUGUUUUCGGGAAGUUCUUAAUAUUAAAAUAAAACUCGUACAAAACGUGUACAAUAUUUCGUAGGUACCUAGUGUUUUUCUGUCGCCAUGUUAUAUGUCUUCUUUAUCAUGUUUUUUUCAAGUAAAAUUACAAGUUUUUCAAGACCUUGGUAGCUCAGCGUUUAACACUGGGCGCUAGAUGAGGAAAUCCCGAUGGGAAUUAGAAACGAACUGUUCUAAAUUGUUGCUGGUCUGAUUUUUCUGGGUCAUACCUAGUAUUGGGUAAUUUUGAAAAAUUUCAAAUCUUGAAAAAAGAAAAUUGGAGAAAUAUAAUUCGAAGACUCAUAUUAUGUUUUACGUUUAGUAUCUAUCAGUUUUAUUUAGCAUGAAUUAUAAAAUAAAAUUGUAUAAACAUGGCUAAAUGUCAUUUUCUAAACCCUGGGUGGCUUAUUUUCACAAAUUCUCUUAGUAGACCUUAUAGUAUCUUUGACUUUUGACAGGUGUUAUUGUCAAAUGUGGAGAAAAAUAUUUAUUUUUUCAAAUUGGACAUUUUUUCAUGACCCAACACUAGCAAUACCCCGGAGUUACUUUCUGAUACUCAGAGUGCAAAGAAUUUCCAAAUUUGGGACCAGCUAAUUGGUGUAGUUAUCUGACACUAUCAUUAUUAUUAUUUUCAUAAUUAUGUUCCCGUAUUUUUUUAUAGAUAGCAUUUUAUUGAAUUUCUGUUAUAUUUUCUUUCAAAAAAGAUACAUAAAUGAUUUUGGUCUACUAUUCUUUAUGACGUGAUGGUAAUUGCUAUCAUUUUUACCAUUUUAAAGCUAAAAUAGAAUAAUAUACUUAUAAUACGACUGAAGGGCUUGAAGUCAUGAAAAAAAAAAAACAAACGCUAUGAGAGGUAGCUAAUGAGAUAAUAAUCAAUUUGCAAUGUACAGUCAACAGCACAUCAAACUGCACACAUUUGUCGAAUAUCGCCUCCCAGUGCAACGGAACAAGAUCCGUCAAUAUGUAGCUUGGUAUGUUGCCGUCUGUACACUAUCAACAAAGUUGAAAUUUUCCUAGUUCCUCAAUAGUUUAGUUUGCAAGUGGAGAUUGUAACUCGAGAUCCCAUUUGAUUGACACUUUUUUUUGAAAACCCUUUGUUUAUAAGAAAAAUAUGAACUAACCCUAGCUGUAAAUGGCCGCUGCGGACCGCAGUUGCCUGCAUGCAAAAAGAACCCUUAAGGAUAGCGUCGACUCUGAUAGUAUAUUGAGCAUCAGGAAUGCCCAAGUGCUCUUUCAAUGUAGUCUUAAUUGUUAUAAGAAUAAAAUUUCCAUGAACACUGCGCAACAAAUAAAAUCGAAACUUUGAGAUUGUCAUAGUAGUUUAGAUUAACACUCUUAGACCUACGAUUUACCUUUGGCGCCGUUCAACACAAAAAAAUACAAGUGAGAAAAUUAAAAAACAAGCUAGAUUUCUGUGAGAGUAUUUUUCUACUUGAUCGUUUAGGAAAGCUAUUAGAUAUUUUUGGACCAUUGUUAAGAUAAAUUAUCAGUAUUCGCUGAGAGAUGGUUAAUAUUAGUUUUUGGAUGGUUAAAUUGUUGUCAAGAUUAGUUGAGCCGCUUUCUAGCUGUAACAUGCACCCUUCACUUUCGAAACCCUCCUCGAUGUCACUACAAGAUGUAAAUUUCAAAAAAAACACGUCAACCUUGACGCAUUGGACUUUGGACCGUUACCUUUCGUAAACGGCAUAGAGUCGAAUUUCAACUGUAAGUGCCGAAGCUUGACGUGUUCUUGGCCAUGUACCUACUUAAAUAACGGAAUUAAAUUUGAUUUACAGUGAACUAUUAUUCUUUUGGCUUCGGAAAAUAUACGCCUCGACUUUAUCUCUUUCUGACAUAUUCCAAACAUGAUAUGAAAGAAAGAGAUAGAAUGACGGCUGCGCAAUUGAAUCUUAGAAUAGAAUUUGAGCUCAUUACCUGCAAAAGUUACGAAACAACCUCUCUGUAUCCAGAAGUAGAAGCAGGUCAGUGUAAAACCACCUUAGUACCACUAUUGUUCUUUCUCCUAAAGGAUAGCCCCCUAAGGAUCUAAUUUGAAAGUCAGCCUGAAGUUACUUCAGAAAUUGCAGCAAAUUGAACUCUGAAAGCCAGGAUGACUUUCGAAAUAGACGACUAGGAUCGUACCACACGUGGCUGCACCAUAUCGCGUCGUGUCUAUCCCAAAAAAAAACCUCUUGUGUUUCACAUGGUAGACGCGGUGUGUUUAAAUGCGGGAG